AUGUCGCCGCUUGAGACUGAUGUACAUGAUGCAUUUGUGAUGGACCUACAGCAUAGAGGUGAAUGUGACGAAGCUGGGCAAACGUUCGCUGGCUCCCAAGAACAGGCUACGGCUGAUGCAAAAUCCGAAUGUGAGGUCGAGCAAAAUUCGGAAAACGUCCAGGGCCCCAAGGGGAUCAAAUUCGCCCUUUUGUUUACAUGCAUCCUUCUUGGAAGUUUCUCUAUUGGUUAUUUGAAGGAUAGCAGCUGUAUCGCAACACUAACCCCGGUCAUUACCGAUCAAUUUCGCGCUCUCAACGACAUUGGAUGGUACCAAGUAACAUACUUGCUCGCACAAUCUGCAACGGUGCUUAUUUACGGACAACUGUACUCUUUUUAUUCGAUGAAGACACUCUACAUGGUGUCACUCUUUGUCUUUGCUAUUGGCUCAGUACUAUCCGCCGCAGCUCCAACAUCUUCGGCAUUUAUCGUUGGACGCGCACUAAGCGGUCUGGGAGCAGCGGGCAUACUAGCGGGCAUGAAUAUCAUCGUCGCCCAUACCACGUCACUCAAGUACCGGCCUAUCUAUUCUGCAAUUGCGGGCGGCGUAGAAUGUACUGCUCUAGCCUUGGGUCCUUUCAUCAGCGGAAGUAUAGCCCAUUACUCGACAUGGAGGAUCGGCUUCUAUAUCAUCAUCCCGAUUAGUAUUGCCAUUAUUGUUAUAGUCUUUUUCAGCAUCCCCCAUAUACGUCGACCUGAGAAUGCACACCUCGGCAGCAAAGAUGGGCUGAAGCGCAUCGACUGGGCAGGCUUUUCCAUAAACGUACCGAUGACUCUGUGCUUGGUACUGGGCUUUCAGUGGGCCGGAACGGUAUACUCCUGGGCGAAUUGGCGGAUCAUCCUCCUGCUCGCAAUUGCUGUGGUGCUCCUUGCCGUCUUCCUGAUCGUCGAGUAUAGGACUGGAAAUGACAGCAUGGUCCCACUGACGAUGCUGCGACAGCGGUCAGUCGCCUUUGCUAGCCUCAUCACAUUCUGCAAUUUUGCGCACCUUGCGGUGGUUGCCUACUACUUACCAUUCUACUUCCAAGCGGUACGCGGCGCAAGCACAUUCGGAUCCGGUCUCAUGUACUUGCCCUUGGCCGUAGCAUUGGCGAUUUCCGCACUCGCCGGUGGUCCUUUGACGAGUUUUAUAGGGUAUUACAACCCGGUCUUGAUGCUCGGUAGCGUUUUCAUGACCGUGGGAAGCGGGCUCAUCACCACGCUCCGACCUGACACCAGUGCAGGGGAAUGGAUCUCAUAUCAGAUCAUCUACGGGGUGGGCAUCGGCCUCGCUUUCCAACCGCCCUUCAUCGCCGUCCAGACUGUACUUAAUGACUCCAUGGUGCCCAUGGCAUUGGUUAUGUUGAGCUUCGCCCAGCAAUUCGGCGGCAUCAUCAUCCUGUCCAUUGCGCAAAAUGUGUUCCUUAAUCGGCUUGCCCAUAAUCUGUCCACACAAGUACCGGGACUAGACCCUGACACGGUGCUGGAUAGUGGUGCGUUGGGCCUCAUUAAUGCGGUUCCAGAAAAAUUUCGAAAUCAGGUCUUGGCCGCCUAUAACGGGGCUCUUGUGGACGUCUUCUAUAUUGCCUUGGGUCUUACGUGUCUGGUCGUAGUCAGCACGCCCGGUAUCGAAUGGAAGCCUAUUAAACAAGGCAAGAAGGGAUAG